CGCGACUCUGACAGCAUCCAGGACAUCAUCAGGUACAUGAGAGACCAGGACCAAAGGCAAGGGGAGAGCAAGGGCGCACGCCUCCCUCCUGGGUUCUCCAUAGGCAGCCAAGACCACGUCGUUGGCCACAACGGCUUCAAGCCCAACAGUGGCUUCACCGUAGGCAGCCAAGACCACAUUAUAGGCAGCAAUCCCUUUGGCGACACCCUGAGCAACAUCAACAUCCAGAGCCAAAGUGAUGUGGGUUUUGGAAACAUCCAGCAGACAGGUGGAGAGAAAUUCAACAACAAUUACAACUUCAACAGUGGUGGCGGAAGUAAUUUUAAUAACGGUGGAGGAAAUAAUUUUGGUGGAGGAGGAAAUGGCGUUCGCGUGAGUGGCGGCGGCGGGAUUCCCGGCUUCAACAGUGGUAGUAACAGUGGAGGAAAUUAUAUCAACAAUGGAGGCAACAACUUAAACAGUGGUGGCAAUUUCAACAACGGUGGUAAUAAUUUCAACAACGGGGACCAUAAUUUCAAUAAUGGAGGCGGAAAUUUCAAUAAUGGGGGUAAUAGUUUCAAUGGUGGCAGUGGUAUGUCAGUCAUUCCCCCCGUCCAUAACACACAUGACCGGGGUACUUCGAAGUCCAGACCUUUCAACAUCAUGCUGGAUGUGUAUCCCAUGGACGACCGCCCAGUGCCUUCUGGCUCAAGACCUUUCCAGACGAGUAUUUCUUUCAAUGGCGGCAAUGGGCGCUUCGAUUCAGACAGCAGCGGAGGCAGAUUCAGCGGUGGCAGUUCCAAUAACUAUCAUAAUGGUAUUAAUGAAAAUAAUUAUAAUAGUGGUAACAGUUACAACGGAAAUGGAUUCAACAACAACAAUGGCAACAGGUACAACGACAACGACAGAUUCAGUAACAGGGACGACGCCAACAAGCACGAGGUCAUCCUCCAUCUGAACCUGUUCUCGAAGUCACCUCUGUCUAUUCGCCGACAAGGGACUGUCGACGACUUCGCCAGCGGCCGGAGUGGGGCGGUGUCCGUGGAGCUUCCCCUGACUGGCCAGCUGAGUCCCCUCGACGUGUACAAGGCAAUUAUCAGUAAAGCACGAACCUCUACCGCGCAGGCGCAGGUCCAGCUUCCUCCAGGUGCAGAUACUGACUCACGGGACGAGGUGGAAAUCGAGCUGUUCGAUGUGGAGGAGGGACCGAGGCUCCUCCAGGCGAUCGAGUUUGGCCUCCAGGAGCUGAACCCGAGCCUUCCACCAGACCUCCGCUUCGUCUUCGACAGGUCGCCGGCGUCCGCCUCCGACCUCCAUGAGGCCGUCAACGGAGAGGACACGGGCCCAUCGUGGAACUCUUCUGCGAGCUCCCCCAACAACGACGAGAUGUGGCCGUCGCUCUCCUGGCCUGCGGCAGAAUACGACCACAAUGACGACUACACUUAUUAUGACUACUACGAGUAUGAGGAUUAUGUUGCAGACGCAGUGGACACUGAAACAACUACACUAACAACAAGGACAACAACAACUACUGAAACGACCACAUCUGGCAGCCAGACAGAAAAAGCGGAACUGCUCCCGACUCCGUGCUGGCACUCGGCUGAGGAUGGUAAAAGUGCCAGUGGUGCUUCCUAGAGUGUAUCGUUCUCUUUGUUCAACAAAGGGAUUCCUCAUUACUGGCCAAAUAACAAUGACUAUUCAAAUAGGAUUUUAAACAUUCUUGGCAAAAAUUAAUGCUUUAAUUCAACUUAUUUGAUAUUUUCGAAUACUCUAGGGCUACAAAACAUAUUGGAUAUUAUAUUUCAAGAUACAACACCAAGAUUAGUAUAUGCAAAACCUUUGCAUGUUAUUACAUGCCACUGCUGUCGCGUUGAUAUUAAAAUUAAAUAUAUUUAAGACUUUUGGUUACGAGUCUUUAUCAAUUUGAUAAAGUUUCUAUAAUAUUUUUUGUGGAAGAUACUGGCUACUUAGAUCUUAGAGGGACAGUGAUUUGUAAAUCUCUGUGAUAUAUUGAAAGAAUCAUAUCUCACUUUUAUCAAUUUAUUAACAUAUGUAAAACAUUUCACUUAACGUGCGCGCUCACACACACACACACACACACACACACAACACACACACACACACACACACCACACACACACACACACACACACACACACACACACACACACACACACACACACACACACAGAUUAUAUGCACAUACACACACACACAGUCAUGCAUACACACACACACACGUGCGUGUGUGUGUGUGUGUGAGAGAGAGAGAGUAUAUAUCUUUGUACUUAUACACAAAAUAGUUUGUCUAUGGCAGAAGAAAUUGAAAAGCAAUAAGGAAGGCAAAGCUUGUGUCGUUGACAGAGAAUGAAGAGUACAAAACGAGAGGCUGAUUCGACCUGUAGACAGCCUACCUGUAAGAGGCAGCCUGACCUCCUUGAUCUCCAAAGGGUUUCACAGGAUCACAUGUGCAUGGGUCAGUGCGUGGCGUGAUGAGAUUUUGAACUUGCCUUGCGCUAUUCUCCGGCUACAUGUGGAGAAAUUCAAGCAUGACUUCAAGCGGUCUUGCAAUAUACAGGACGACCCCAUAAAUGUACUAUAUCCUCUCUGU